AUGCAGCCGUCCGUCAUCGACUAUGCUAUCCACACGAGAGAGGGGGUCUCUCUACCGAUCCGCCUGCCCUGUACACCAGCGAGCGCCCCUGCCCUUUGCACACACACCCACACAAGCAUCCAUCCAUCCAUCCAUAUGCAAUCGACUAACGCAAAAAGGCGAUAGAUACAUGCCCAUUGGUCGUGCGAUGAUCGCCACUUACGGGGCAACGAAAAACCACGCACACACCCAAGCCGAAAACGGCAGCAUUCGAGUCAAAGUAAGAACAUUCUGGCGUUCCUUCCACACACGCACAUCGAGCAAUUGACCCACAAGUAGUGAGUGAGACAUCAAUAUUCGGGCACCCCAUCCAUCCAUUCCCCCCAAACGCAGAGAGGCAGGCAGGCAGGCAGUCAGGCAGGCAGCUACGGAAUGUCCUCUGCACUGGCUGGCUAGCUGAAAGGGGAGACGGCAACUAGUAGGUGCCCUCUCAAUUAUCUAGCUAUCCACUGCACAAGCAACAACAAAGCGGGCGAAACGCCGUGCACGCCCACACACCCGCACCCAUUCCCCUGGCCCAUCCAUCUCCACCCUACACACGUGCAGCCAAGGCUAGGCUACCAUACUGCUAAGUGGGCGAGUGGAUCAGUCAGUCGAUGGAGCCCAGGUGCGCCCUCUCGUACUGCCUCAUCCGCGACUGCAGGGUGUUGAUGCGCAUGGAGAGGUACUCGUUCUCCUCCUUGAGUCUGCUGUUCUCGCGCAGCAUGUCCCUGGCGGCCUGCAUGUGCUGCUGGAAGAGCAUCGUCUGCCCGAUCACCAGCAGGUUCGUCUGCUGCAAUGUCUUGAGGAUCCGCUCAGACGUCUCCACAUCCAAACACUGCGGGUAAGACGGCAAACCACCACCACCACCACUACCGCCGUUGCUAACCCCCACCCCCACCCCCGCCCCUCCCUCUCCCUCUGCAGCCAUCAUGCCCCCCUGCAGCUGCACAAUCGUCUGCAGCAGCUGCGCCGCGCUCGCCGCACCCAAGAGAUGCUGAUGCCCAUCGGCUAAGGGGAUGGACACCUCCUCAUCUCCACCGCCAUGGUGUGUGUGCGCGGGCGGCAUGGGAAUGGAUGGCGUGACCAUGGAGUUGGGCAUGGACGUGGGCGGCGUCAGCUGGUGGUCGGUCGGGGCGAAGAGCUGGCCGGCAAAACGCCUCGGCGGACCGUCGGAAGUCACGCCUGGGUCAGCAGUGGGUGUGUGGGGGGCUGUGGGGUGCGAUGACGGCUGAGUCGAUGGCACCGACAUGGAUGCGGAUCUGAGGUUGGCAGAGGGGGAGGGGGACGGGGAGGUGGGGAAUGGGAGGCCCAUCGAGCUACAGGCGAAAUGCAGGGGCGCCACGCCAGAUGGCUCUGCACGGUCUUGCGACCCGGGGGUGUAGCUGGCGGGCUUCUUGGUCACGCUGCGGGGCGUGAUCUCAUCGGGCUGCUCCGGCGGCCCAUAGCCGUAGGAAGUGGACAUCUCCCCCGGGCAUCCAUAAGGCGGUGGAAGGCCCCACAGCGACGAGGCUCCCGCCACGACGCCCAUCAUGGCCUCCCUGCCGUCGUUGAUGCUGCCCAUGCUGCUGGUGAACGGGACGGGAAGGGACUGAGGGCUGUCGGCAGUGAAGUAGGACGAUGCUCGAGAGGGGAGGGGGACCGUUGAUGGGUCGGGAGAGGCCGGCAGCAGGUCCUUGCCAUGGAUCAUACUAUACCGCCACACACAACCACUCCGCUCUGUAGUGUAUAAUGCACAGAAAACAUGGGAGAAAGUGGCAGAUCGGCACCACGUGUGGGUGGAUCUUCCACCUGUGUCCAUGAGAUCGCCCACCUCAGCCGCCUGCCGGUCCUGCGGCCUCCUCCAGACCUCCACCUCUCGCCCCCCGGACGAGCACCGACCACAAGAAGGCUAC